CCUCAACUUUGACGUCAUCCGACAGCCGCACCUCGAAGCAGAUCAUUACGUUUCACGUGUAAGCUGUCAGUCGUACGUGCCUGGCAAGCCUGGCUUGUUGACCGAUUUGAGACUCGAAUCCGUUGGGGGAGCGGCUUCUGGCGUAUAUAAGGCGGCGGUUGAGCACUCCCAGCAUUGGAAGCAAGCCUCCAUCUCAACGACGUCCAUAUUCCAGAAGCAAGCAGUCAAUCAAAGCCUACCAUAGCUCAAACGGCGCGGCUAUCACAAGCUUCUUCAAGUUAAGAGAGACAACUACUACUAUAACAACCAUGUCCGACGCCACCAAGAAGACCGGCAACACCGUCAACUCCCUGGGCGACCAGGCCGCCGGCGGGGCGCAGUUCGUCACCAGCACGCUGGGCAACACCCUCGGCGGCGUGACGGGCACGCUGGGCAACGUCACGGGCGAGGCGACCAGGGGCGUCGGCAACACCGUCACGAGCGCGACGGGCGAGACGGGCCGGCCCGUCGGCGACGCGCUGGGCAACCUGGGCACGGGCGUCCAGGGCGGGCUCAACAGCGUGGGGAAGGGCGUCGAGAACGCGGGACAGUGGAAGAAGCAGUAGAUUUCCCUCUAUUUUCUCCGCGGCGUUUGAUGUUUUGACCCGGGGCGAGGGGAGGGCGGCCGGGAUUGGGCAGCAUGUACGAUAUGUAUCCGUGAGGAGUCCCCUGAUGACAGUCAACAAUGGUAAUGGAAC